GGACAAUGAGUUUAGACAGCAAUAUUCAUCUAUUGUUCUGCUAACUGUUAAGCACUUCUCUAUCUCUGGAAUCAUACCUCAGUCACUUGGUUCCUGUGAAUGUGAAAUGACCGAAUCAAACUGAGGAGGUCAAAACACUUUUCGUAUUUAAAACCUUGUACUCUCUUGUUAGCGUAGAAGAGCAAAACUUUUAAAGGUCUUGAGAGAUGGCUUUAGAGACAUGUGGAAGCUGUUUGAGUUGUCUGCUGAUACCUCUUGCACUUUGGAGUAUUGUUGUUAACAUCCUAUUAUACUUCCCUAAUGGGAAAGCUUCACAUGCUGCCAGUUACCAGCUUCCCAACUACGUGUGGUAUUUUGAAGGGAUCUGUUUCUCAGGUGUGAUGAUCCUUCUGUUGGCAAUAAUUCUAAUAACACUGGAGUGCAGCGUGUUCUAUCGAUGCUGCCAGAGUGAGAGCUGUAACAAAACCUACAGGAGUUUUAUUUCAAUUGUCCUAGCCCUGCUUGGAGUUGCUUUCUCUGCAUACAGUUGCAUCAUUUUUACCUUGGGGUUGAUCCAAGGCCCCUUCUGCAAUUCAUCAGGUGGAUGGGAUUAUAUCUUCAAAGACACUGCUGGAGGGUACCUCACAGAUUACUCUGCUUGGUCUCGGUGCACCGAACCUGCUAACAUAGUGGAGUGGAACAUCAUUUUACUCUCUGUUCUGAUAGCGCUUAGUGGACUGCAGUUGAUCAUCUGUUCUCUCAAAGUAGCUGCUGAGCUGAAACGGACUCUCUGUGGGACCUAUUCUGUUUUUGUCCAGGCCAGGAUUCUGUGAAAAUUGCAAGGAAAUCUUCACUGCUUCUACCCCGCCCUCCAGAAAAAGAGAGAAAUGGCUUCUCCAACAUUUACAAUGGUAGAUUUGGGUG